GGCGGAGGGAGGGGCGGCGGCGGCGGCAGCGGGGGGGGGCUCCCGCUGCGGGCCGGGCCAUGCGGCGGCCGUAGCGAUGCAGCGGGCGGAACUGCGGGACGGGGAGGCGGCGGCGGCGGCCGCGGCCUCGUACCGGGUGCUCAGCCGCCUGCUGGGCUAUGGGGCCGCACCGGAGGCGGGCGCGGUGGCGGCGGGCGGCGGCGGCGCCGUUACCGGCGGGGCGGGCGCGGGGCCCACGGGCCCCGGCGGGGGGCGGCUGCCGCUGCCUCUGCCCCUCCCCGCCGCGGCGGCGGCGCUGCCGGGCGGCGGGGCGCUGCGGGGCCCCCGUCCGCCGCCGCAGCUGAUGGUGUUCCGCAACGCGGCCGAGGGGCGGCCCGGCGAACCGGAGGACGGCGGCCCCGCGGCGGGCGGCGGCGGCGGAGAGGGCCCGGCGGCGGCCGGCACCGAGCUGCUGUGCCCGCGGCACCGCUGCGCCCUGGAGCCCAAAGCGGCGGCGGCGGCGGCGGCUGCGGGGCGCUGGGGGCCGCCGGGGGGGCUGGAGCUGCAGCUGGCGGCGCUGGGGCUGCGGCCACCGGGGCUCGGCCCCAAGGGUCCCGGGGGGUGCCCGUGCCUCGGGCCGCCGCCACCCGCCGGCCCCGCCGCCGAGGAGACGAGCGAUGCGCUGCUGGUGCUCGAGGCGCUGGAGCCCGACGAGGCCGGCAGCGGCUCCGAGGAGGAGGCGGGGAGCCCCGACGGGCAGGAGCCGCCGCGCGGAGCCGCCCGCGCCAACGGGAGGAGCGGGACCGGACCCGGUGCCAGCCUCGGUCCCGGUGCCGGUGCCGGUCCCGGCCCCGUGCUGCCGCCGCCCGGGGCAGGCUGCAGGAAGGGCUCGCUGCGGGUCCGCCUCCGCCGCCUCUUCCGCACCAAGAGCUGCAGCGGAGGCUCGGCCGCCGGGGACGCCGCCGCCGCCACCGGGAGCCGCCGGGCCGGGGACCUGCCCGCCUCGGCCGGGAGCCUGACCGAUGUGUGCGGGGCCCGCGGCCGCGAGCAGGAGGCGGGCAGGAAACACAGACUGACAAGAACUCAAAGUGCCUUUUCCCCGGUUGUUUUCAGCCCCCUCUUCACAGGUGAAACGGUGUCACUGGUGGACGUGGACAUCUCCCAGCGAGGACUGACCUCCCCUCACCCUCCAACGCCGCCGCCUCCUCCACGACGAAGCCUCAGCCUGCUAGAUGAUAUCAGUGGGACGCUGCCUACAUCUGUCCUAGUGGGUCCGAUGGGGUCUUCCCUGCAGUCUUUCCCUCUGCCUCCGCCUCCUCCACCCCAUGCCCCAGACGCCUUCCCCCGGAUCGUGCCCCUCCGGCCCAUGGAGACGGCGCCCAGCCAGCCCGCCCCCCACCUCCAGUGCCCCCUGUACCGGCCGGACUCGAGCAGCUUCGCAGCCAGCUUGCGGGAGCUGGAGAAGUGCGGGUGGUACUGGGGGCCCAUGAACUGGGAGGACGCGGAGAUGAAGCUGAAAGGGAAGCCGGAUGGGUCCUUCCUGGUCCGAGACAGCUCUGAUCCCCGCUACAUCCUGAGCCUCAGCUUUCGGUCGCAGGGCAUCACCCACCACACCCGGAUGGAGCACUACAGAGGGACCUUCAGCCUGUGGUGCCAUCCCAAGUUCGAGGACCGCUGCCAGUCUGUGGUGGAGUUCAUAAAGAGAGCGAUCAUGCACUCCAAAAACGGGAAGUUUCUUUACUUCCUGCGAUCCAGGGUCCCAGGUCUCCCCCCGACACCCGUCCAGCUCCUGUAUCCAGUCUCCAGGUUCAGCAACGUCAAAUCCCUUCAGCACCUUUGCCGCUUUCGGAUCCGGCAGCUGGUCCGGAUCGACCACAUCCCCGAGCUGCCGCUGCCCAAGCCCCUGAUCUCCUACAUCCGCAAGUUUUACUACUACGACCCCCAGGAGGAGGUGUACCUGUCGCUGAAGGAAGCCCAGCUCAUCUCCAAACAGAAGCAGGAGGCCGAAUCCUCCACGUAGCGAGGCCGGCGGGCCCCUCGUGUUGCUGUCACUGAUGGAAUUUGGUUGUUGCCAUCCAGAAGCCCAAGUCAGGCAGUGGUGGGGACGAGGCCCGUGAAGGUGAAGCCUGCUUCUGCGGUGUGACUUCUGCUCUCAAGCUCUUUCAUCAAGAGAAGAGGGCUCAAGACUCCUAAGAAGCACAGCAGAAGGGGACCGAGGGUCUCGGCUCCUGGCUGAGGGCGAGGGGGCCUCGGAGGCAGCUGAGCCCAGCUCGCGGACUCCUGGCAGAACAAAGAAUGUCGCGGCACUCUGUACGAGCUGUGGAAAGUUUUAUUUUUGAUGUCUUCAUUUUUAUUUUUAUUUUUUAAUUUCGGUUUAUUUUCAGCAUGAGAAACACUGUCUUAUGAUCAGCUGAAUUUUAUUAUCCUCCCUUGGAAACUUCGAGGUGAGGAGAGAGAAGGGGACUCUCUGGGAAGAUCGCCUGCUCUGGGCACUGUGUUGGGACUGCUCUGCGGAGGGGAGGCAGCUGGAGCCAGGACCUCAGCAGUUCCCCAGAGCAGCCUCAGGGGAGCACGGGGCACGGCUCCCCUGCUCCCUGCCAUCUGGAGAAGAGGGCCAGGCCUCGUCCCGGGCAGCCGGGCUUUGCAGGAUGGCCUUAAAUAAAGCUGGGCCCAAGGAAGGAAAAGCCCACGAGCCAUUCGGAUGUCCUGGAGCCUUCUGCCACACGGCGUGGCCGCUGCUGCAGCGGGGAGCGAGGGCUGCCCCUUGGGGGGGGUGGCGGCGUUCCCCUCGACAAACACUGGAAGAUUUCACUGGAAGGUGGCAGGGCUGUCGCUGGGACCUCGGCAGCAGCCCGUGGACCGAAGGUACCUGCCGGAGUGAUCCCGGGACAUGCACUUUGAGCCUCUCUGCUGGCUGUCUCUAGAAGCUGUGAAUGAAGUGGCUUUCUACUGAGGUGUGGAGGGUCCCCAUGGGUGGCUGCUGGGGCAUGGAGGUCUCUGGGGUGACUCGGAGCAAGGAGCAGCUGAGGGUUCUUCUGAGGGUUCUUCUGGAGCUCGCUGCUUCCCCUUCCUGGGAUGUCCGUGGAGCCACAGCAGCUCAGGACCAGGACACCGGGAGGGACGGCAGCUCGUGCUGAGCUGCUGGGCUUAGCUCUGGCUGCAGCACCCGCAUCCCUCUCGGUCCUGCUCUGUUUCAUCCAUCGCAGCAGCUGCAAAGAGUUUGCAUUUCCUGGUGAAGUUUAAAGCUUGCCCGAAGCGAUGCUGAGGAUUCUCGAAGGAUCUUUUCUCCUGCGUUGAAACCAGCCCGUGUUCUGGGGUGACAGAAACGCCCCCGUCCCACAACCACGAUGCUGUGUGUGGCCUGGGUCUGCGGAUGGGGUCAGUGCCCCGUGAGCUGGAUGCGGUUGUUCGGGAGCUGCUGGGACUUUGUUCUCGCCCUGUGGAAUGAUCGAUGUCCUUGAAUUAGGCACAGUCCUGUGGAUCUUAAAGCAGCCUUGAAAAAAUCCCGAUUGUCUGCCUAUGCCAAGUGCUGCUGCGAAGGGUGCUAACUAAUCCUGCUCUCCCUUUCUGAACCACCACCUCUGGCCUCGCUUUCAGUCUUGGAUAAAAAAAAAAAAAAAGUUUUUUACAAGAUUUGGCUUCCAGAUGAAACCAAUAAUCUUCAAAAUCUGUAGACAUACCUCACUGGACACUACCCGCUGCUGGUUGUGUUGUGUCGUCGGGUAUCAGGACGGGGUGGCCGCCCCACAAGGUGCUGGCGUUCGUCCCCCUGCAGCCCUUGCUGCGUCCCCCCCCCGUAGCCCCCCAGCUCCUUCCAAGCCAUCGGCCUGCAGAAGGUGCAGCUGCUCCGACCAACGCACAGCACAACGGGGGGAGGCAGCCGUGGCCUUGUGCAAGGGAAACCUGACCAUCAGAGCCCCGAAUAUCAGCUCACCCGGCCCUGCUGCCCCUCAGCUGCCACCAGGCUGAGGGUUUGGAUCUUCCAACUUACCCGAAUGCUGGAACAGAAAAUCCUCCCCACAGCCACGGCUGGGCUGAUGCCUCAAGUGUCUUACGCUGCACCCACAAAGCAGGAGUGCGCCCCAUGCAAAGGUCUGCAAGGCUUCCACCCCCCCAAAGGAGACCCCAGAGAUGAGGACAUGAGGGCAUGGGGUCGGUGAUGUUCUCCUGGCUGUGACCUCCUGGCCAGCAGCGUGGCCUGGGGGAGCUGUGACUGUCCCCUUGUCACAGGCUGGCAUCUCCCAGGCGUGGCGGUGGCAGCAUUUUCGUUCCAUCUCUGGUCUGGUUUGGGGGGAGUGGGCAUUGCUGGUGCAAUAACGGCUGGGUUUGGGAAGGGGAAUGGCCAGACUGGGGGAGCAGCAGCACUGGGAUGGGGCAUGGGGCCGGCUGUGCCCUCAAUGGGGACAAAAACGCACAAACCUGCUCUGCAGUGGCAGCAGGGUGGGACAGCCCCCGUGUCCAUCAGGAGCUCCGUGACACCCCUGUCCCUAAAACAUCCCGGCUGUGGGGCAGCUGCUGGGUGCUGCCCGGCUGUGCUGCUGCGCCUGUCCUCGUGCCAGGGCGCUGUUUGCCUGGCACUUCUCAGCUCAGCAUCGAUCUCCUUUCGCGGCCAAAGGAAGGGGAAGAAGAGGUCAGCGUGGUUUGUCUGGGCAGCCUCGUGCCCCCCGUGCUGCUGGGGGGGGAGCAGAAGGGGGCCGAGCACCCAGAAACCUCCUCCUGCCCCCCCGGGCACGCGGCACCUUACAUAUUUACAUAUCGAUCCCAAUUUAAACCCCAGAGAUUUUCUCAUGGAAGUGUUUUCUGUGUGAGCACGUGCAGGGAGGCAGCGAGCUGGGGGCAGUGCGAGGCUGUGCCCCCCCCAGGAGGCUUGGUGAUGCUCAGGGGACCCCUUUUUGGGGAGCCCUUUGGGGGCUCCCCAGCAGCAGGACCCCCAAGGGGCACCUUCCAGCCUUUGGCCUCAUUCCGUGCAGUUAACAUCCGACACCUGCAUGGAUUUACACAGAGCCCAAGGCUGAGCCUGCCCCUUGGGGGGCCGGGUGCCCACCCCCAGCCUUUACCUGGGAAAUAAAUCCCUGGUGGAAGCUGGGGGGGGCUCCCAGGUGGAAACGGAGCCGGGGGCAGGAGCAAAGGGCAGCGAGCAGCAGGGCCGGGGGGCUCCGACCGGGCACCGCCUCCCAUAGAAAUGCAGCUUUGCUUAAUUUUCUUUUGAUUUUUAUUUUAUUUUGUGUGUGUGUGUGCUUAAUUUAUUAAAAUAGUUGCUGUAUAA